AUGGCAAGUUGCAGAAUACUGCCCUUAAUGCCUGUCCGGGAGUUCAGUGGGAAAGACCCAAAUUACACCACCAUGCGCCGACUCGGUCAAGGCACCUUUGGAACAGUAACAAAAGUGAAACGGGAGAGAGAUGGAAAGAUUCUUGCCUGUAAAUCAAUUAAAUUUGAAUCAAAGGAGGACAUAGAAGCGGCCGCACAGGAAGUCACAGUAUUGCAGACUCUUCAAGGGUGUCGCAAUGUUGUGCGAUGGGAUAAUGAUGUCUCGAUUGAUAUGCUCCGCGGGUACAUUCAUCUACAUAUGGAAUUCUAUCCUCAUGGUGACUUGGGCUCCUAUAUCUGGUCGAUGAACGGUCCGAUGCCAAAGAACACCAUAUUACAGAUAUUUGCUUGUUUGGCAAUGGCUUUAUAUGACAUACAUCACAAAGGAAUUCUCCAUCGAGAUAUUAAGCCCCAAAACAGUAAGGAUCAGAGAAUCAUUUUUGUCCUAGCACAGGCCGACACUGCAUACCUGAUUACUGAUACGAUUAUAGUCCUCCUAUCUAACAGUGUUAGCAACGGGAAAUCUGUAAUGGUAGCCGUUCUAGCUGAUUUUGGACUUGGCAAAUUCUCGACUGCUGCCCUGAUGUCCGGUAGAGGCCAUGUUGGAAGUUGUUACCGUGGCACAGAACCGUAUACGGCACCAGAAUCUUUGGGUCGUGUCAGCCCGGUAUACGGCCAGAAAACUGACAUUUUCUCUAUCGGCUGUGUAAUGUACGAAGCCAUGACCAAGCGGCGGGCUUUCACAGAUAAGACCCGCCUUACCCUCCCUUCCAUACGUUCAUCAGUCCGGCAAACUUACGGUAACACUCUUGUCUCCUUGGUCUACUGGUGCAUGGAACUGUUUCCAUUCAGCCGCAUCGGUACUACUAACCUUCUCAAUACCUUGAGGCAAUACGCCGGUCGGCAUUGGUCUAAAGGUGACUUAAACGCAUUUUUCGACUCUAAAAUCCGCGUACAGCCUCCUGUUCCAACGCGCUCCCCAUCCCCCCGGCGUGUUCUCUCAGGUGCAAAGUCUCAAAAAUCUAGCAAGAGCAGUAUUCGCUUUAUGGAAGACAGCGAUAGUGAAAGUAACAAUUCAAGCAGAGUUACAGCCCGUUCUAGGGCCUCCCGUGGACAACGGGAGAUCGCCCGCUCCACUGCCAUCGCAAGGCGCAACAGAAAUGGAAUGUCUAAGACAAUCUAUAACGACGCUUUUGAUAAUGAAAUAGACAGGUUGAGGACGGAACUGGAACGAAUGAGGGUAGACGAACGUCGAGCAACAACUGAAAGGGUUGCAAGAUAA